CCCGUCUGUUUUUUUGUGGAAAUCCAGGGCCAGUUUGGCAGCUGCAACUAGCCGCCGAACACAGUCGAUGAAGGAGGCCCUGAAGGGUCUUCUGUAAUGGCUCCUUCAACCCAAGCCUCCAGCGCAAGCCUAUUCUUGCUGGUGCAAGGGACUUUUGACACGGCCCAUGAGAUCCAAGGCAUUGCCAAGGAGUCGCACAUUGAUCUCGCCUGCGUCACCCCCUUGCCGCAGUGGCCCCUGCCAUCAGAAUAUCGAAAGCUGCAGGGGACGUGGGGUUCUCAGUCUACUCCGUACAGCGCUAAGACAGAUAUGUAGAUGCGUUGGAGCUUGCCGCUGAGGCUGGAGACAUCAU